GUCAUAUCCGCCGCACAGUGAACCGUAACGUCAGUUGGUAACUUAGCAGUGUUCCUACUUCUCGUGUUAAAUGUUGGACCAGUUGUAGGAUUUCUCCCAUUUAUCAGUGUUUUAUUUAUGUUACUGAGGAGAUAAUGUUAUCUCUUAGCUAGACGGAGCAUGACUUUAUCUCAGGUGGGGCGUUUGAAGAGAGUAAACUUAGCAGGACGGGUUAGCUAACAGGUUCCACCGGGCGCAGCCAGCUGACAGGCGGCGGUACUUUAGCUUCAUACUCAAAUUUGAAACACAGAGGAGGACAACAAUGCUGCAGCUGGGAGAUGAAGUCACCCUGUACACGGUUGUCUUCGUGGCGGUCUUGCUGGGGACCCGGAGCCCGGUGUGGACAACCGCCCUCACCGCCUCUCUCUACAUAUUUCUAGCCAUGUUCCGGUUCCCCCAGGUGCCGACCAGCCGAGCCCGGCAGGUGCUGCACCCGGACAAGGGCUCUGUGGGCUCAGGCAAGGUGUCGGUGGUGGCUCACCGGGGCGGUGGGCACGACGCACCGGAGAACACGAUAGUAGCUAUCCGGGAGGCCAGUAAGAAUGGGGCGACAGGCGUCGAGUUGGACCUGGAGUUCUCAGCAGAUGGUAUCCCAAUACUGAUGCAUGAUGAGACUGUGAACCGGACCACCAACGGGUCGGGACCACUCAGCCAAAUGAGAAUGUCUGAGUUGGUUAAACUGGACGCAGCUGCUAAACAUCGACUCAGGGACAAGUUUGCUGGAGAGAAGAUCCCAACUCUGGAGGAGGCGGUGGAGGAAUGCAUCAAACUGCAGCUCACCAUCUACUUUGACGUCAAAGGUCAUCCGGAUGAGGCAGCUGCAGCCCUUAAGGAAUUGUAUAAAAAGCACCCAGUCCUCUACAACAGCAGCAUUGUCUGCUCCUUCGAGCCCAAAGUCAUCUACAGGAUGAGGCAGAGUGACCCAGAGGUGGUCACGGCGUUGACUCAUCGCCCAUGGAGCCUGAGUCGGUUCGGAGAUGGCGCCCCGCGUUUCUCGUCACUAUGGAAACACCAUUGGAUGACGCUAAUGGACGUGGUGUUGGACUGGGCGCACCAUCACGUGCUGUGGAAGCUCUGUGGCAUCUCAGCCUUCCUGGUACAGAAGAACUUUGUCUCACAGGACUAUGCUCAGUACUGGGCCCAGAGGGGGGUGGAAGUUGUCGCCUGGACAGUCAACACAAAAGUGGAGAAGGAUUACUACGAGGAGCUGCUGCAAGUCAACUACAUCACAGACAGCCUUGUGGAAGACUGUGAACCCCAUUAUUGAGAGACACAUGAACCUAACACAGGAUGUGUUCACACACUCAUUAAAAACAUGAAAUCCAUAUGAAAGGACAAUUUCACUGUCUACUCAUCACUUACAAUGUGGCAUCAGGUAGGAGAACAUAUGCCACUCUUUUACUCCAGUGCACACUGUCUUAUUGUGUGUAUGUUUAUUUGGCUGAAUCCAAAUGUCCGUACUUCACUGCACUUGCAGACUUGUGGACUUUAGGAGGAGGGCCAAGAGCUGUCCAAAUCCAUAAUUCCUCCAGUCCACAAGGGGCCUAAAGCGGACUUUCUGCAGACUUCCAGAGAGUCUGCUUGGGAUGCAGACUUCAGCAGACUUCACUGAUUUAAUUGCCCACAAUUCAUUGCAAUACAGACGUGACACUGUAGUUUUAUUUUUCAAUAGGCAACUAAAAAUUUUUAAAACAAUACUUGAAUUGUGUAGGUCAGAAAUAAUAUGCAACAACAUCAUGAUACAGAAAUAUAUAGAACUACAGGUUGUACAGGGUAAUCACAUGCAUUGUCGAAGCUUACUGUAUGGGUUGUACAGUGAGAUGCCAAAUACAAAGGCUAGAAAAGUGGCCAAAAAACAACUCAAGAAGAUUUUCUGAUGUAACUAAUAGGCCUACCCAAUUUAUUUAGUCAUAGCCCAGUCCUUAUUUACAACCAUCUCUGUAUUUGAAUGUCUGCAGUCCUACACAUCGGAUUUAUAUCUGAUUAUCUGCAGGGACAGAUGAGCAGACAGAAUAUGACCGCAUUUACACUGAUUGUAAUUGUCACCCAAUGUCUCCAUGGCAGUGAGUCAAAACAGUCUCGAGGGCUGUCUAUCAGCGGCUUGCGGUCUCUGCCCUUGCAGACUUUACAUGAUGACGUUGAACUCGUCACAGUACGUACGACUGAAGUCCGUGAGGGCUCAGCAGUCCGCAAGUCCAGAGGGUGAACAUUUGGAUUCAGCCUUUGAGGCAAUCAAACUGACCGGGACCGAGUGCCAUACUUAAUAACAAGAAGCAUGACACACAUGUAUAGAUGUUUUGGCAAUGAAUGUCUAUAAUAGACCUUAAUCAAAUGUACUGUAUUCACCAACUCAGGACUGCUAGUUUUUUCGGGGGUUUUUUGGUAAUCAGGUUUGUCUCACUGUCUUUGAAGACUUACCGUGUCACACACUGUGUUUUUACUGUUUAUUGUAAAGGCCAUUAAUCUUAAGUAACCUAUCAAGAAAUGAUUUUAGCUCUCAUGAAAAACUAAUACUUAUUUAAACAUAAACAUUUUAUAUCUUUGACAAAUGUGCAUAUGGAACAGAAAUGUAGAAUUGAAUAAGAUUGCUAUACUUGUUUCUAUGUGCUGCUAACAUCAUUUCAUCUCAUUUUUGUUUUCGAUGUCUGCACCAAGUACAGUUUACAGCAGGUCUAUAUUACACUGUACAUACAUACACAAUAUAAUAUUAAUAUUAUACAUGUUAAAAGUAACAUUAUUUUAAAGAAAUGAUGUGAUAUUUUGUUUGAGAAAUAACAUUUGGGUUCACAGUAGCACACUCUUUCACACACACAAUUCUGACCUCACUGUAUCUGUAUCUGUCAAAUCCAUCUCAUGUAACCACAUGCAUAUGUGCUUCUGUUUAGCUAUGAGACGAGGAAUUGGAAUUAGUCUCAAGAACAAUUUAGAAGUGCAGUACUGUACGUGGAAACACAGCAGGACAGUGCAGAGGAAAAAUGCAGAGGUGUAAUACACAAGACAUGACAGACAGUAAAUAUAUUGUAUGGAAUAGGAAAUAGGCCGAACAGCAGAUGUACAGGUGUAACUACUAACACUAAAGAUGUCUCUGUUGCAUUUAGGUGUGUAGGUACGUUAUGCCAGUGAGGGCCCUUGAACUGGAGAACCUAAAUGAUGCAGACAUUAUUAAUGUUAGUUAUAUCUGAGUGUGGCAAGUUAAAUCACAACUAGAAAGGUUUUCAGACUCAACAGUGCUCUGAAAAAGGUACGUAAGAAAGCUUCUGUUUAUAAGGUCUUUGGCCCAGAUAUCAACCUCAUUUGCAUCUGACGUAUGCUUUAUUUAAUCUACAAUUUAUAAUGAAUUGAAAGUAAUUUUAAAUGAAAACUUGAACAACUUAUUUCACUGUUCAUUGUAAGAAUGGGAUAAAUAAAUCAUGGCUUGAUUUCAUAUGAUUGACGUUUUUGUGGUGAUGCAGAGUGGAAUUAUGUAUAAAGUGCUGGA